AUGGACCCUGACUCCGAGUAUUUGACCGCCUUUCGCACCCGUUUCGGAACUUUCCGCUGGAAAGUCCUCCCGUUCGGUCUGAAGGUAGGUCCCGCCUGGUUCCAGCAGUUUAUCAACGCGCAGCUUCACGAUCUCCUCGACCGGUGCGCCAGCGCCUACGCAGAUGACGUCCUGAUCUACUCGGAUAAAGAAGAAGACCACUGGAAAGACUGUCAAGAAGUUGACUACCUCGGCGUUCUGCUUGAAGCCGGUGUGGGCCUUAGUGUCGACCCUCGGAAAGUUCGAUCGAUACAAGACUGGAAGCUUGAAGACCUCCGAGACCGCACCGCGAUCCGAUCAUUCGUUGGCCUAUGCAAUUUCAUCCGUGUUUUCUGCUACCACGCCUCGGGAGUGGCAGAACCCUUGAACCGGUUGCUUAAGAAGGAUGUUGCCUUUGUGAUGGGCCCGGAGCAACGCGAAGCAUUUGAUCAACUCAAGCGCCUGGCUAUCGAAGCCCCGGUCCUCGCCUUCUUUAGACCAGAACUGCCGACCCGACUGGAGACCGAUGCCUCCCGGAAUGCCACAGCUGGUGUUCUAUGGCAGGAACAGCCUGAUCGGACCUGGAAGCCCAUCGAGCUCCUCGCCGUCGUACAGAGUCUAGAGCACUUCUACCCAGAGCUCUUAGGCCAGAAAUUUGAUGUGAUCACCGACCACGAAGCCUUAGUCCAUUUCUCUACGAAGCGCCUGCUCUCGGUACGACAGAUCAGAUGGUCCGACUUUCUCGCCCAGUUCGACAUCCGUUUCCUCUACCGCCCCGGUCGACUGAACGUAGUCGCCGAUGCCCUCUCCAGGAAGACAGCCGAGCUUCCUACCGUAAAGGCCCGGGAAGCCGAGGAACGCACGGUGACCCUGAUCCCUCCGGAAAGGCUAGGCUUCGCGACCGACUCGCUAGACCCUACGGCCGCCGGCCACCUGCCCCCUCAGAACUUUAGUCCCGAACCUAAGCCUACUAGACCAUUAGUUCUGAGGGCCACGAAACUAGACCGAACUCGGUCCCGAAGAGCCGAACUCGUUUCGUUGAUCCGCCAAGAGAACCUCCUCCAAGACCUCGGCACCCAUGGAACACACCUGAUCAACAAGGUAAUCAAGCUGCUCCAACGAGACUUCUACUGGCCAAGGAUGAAGGAGGAUAUCCGUCGUUAUAUUCGGAACUGCCACGACUGCCGCCGCAACAAAACCCCUCGAGACAAGACCCCUGGACUGCUCCAUCCACUGCCCGUGCCGACUUCUGUUUGGGAGCACGUCGAAUGUGACGGGAAGGAUAUGCCGAAAGACCGUUACGGAUAUGACUAUGUUUGGACCUUCGUCUGCAAGCUAAGCCGGAUUAUCGCCACGCUCCCAGGAAAGAAAAACGAUACAGCAGAAGUCUUAGCUAGCCGCUACUUCCGCUACCUCUAUCGUUUCUUCGGUAUGCCCCUCAGAUUAACCGGCUCACGGGAACGAAGCAUCGUCAUGGAAGCUCCUACACCCUCAGACCCAAGGGGUGUAGAAGUCACAAAUCAAUACCUGGAUCAAAAGCUACGAUUCUACGUGACGAAGCAUCAAGACAACUGGAGUUCCCUGCUGCCCGCCCUCGACUUCGCCCAUAACUCGUCUUGGCACUCUUCCAUCGACAUGGCACCGUUAAAAGUAGCCUAG